AUGGGGGUUUUGGUUUUGAAACUGAUUUUAUUGAUAUACUCACUUGUGAAUGGAGCAUUGUUCGUUUGCUCCAUGCAUUUGAGAAUGGGAGGCAACGAGACGGAUAGGCUUGCACUGCUAGCCAUCAAAGCUCAAAUAAAGCAAGAUCCUCAUAAUGUAUUGAGCUCUUGGAAUGAAUCCAUUCACUUUUGCUCGUGGCACGGUGUCUCCUGCGGUCGACGCCAUCGCCAGAGGGUCACAUGGCUAGACCUCCAAUCUCAAAAGCUGGCAGGGUCCCUAUCCCCACACAUAGGAAACCUGAGUUUCCUAAGGGCACUAGAGCUCCAAAACAACAGCUUUAGUCAUGAAAUCCCUCCACAAAUUGGGCAUUUGCAUAGAUUGCAGGGACUGUCUCUACACAACAACUCAUUUAGUGGCCGUAUUCCGUACAACAUAUCAUAUUGCUCCAACCUCAUCUUCAUGAAUUUCGGUUACAACAGGUUGGUGGGUAAAAUUCCAUCUGAAUUAGGCUCUUUGCUGAAGCUUCGAGAAGUUGAUUUAAAAGUUAAUAAUUUAACAGGAGAGAUCCCUCCUUCCUUGGGGAACCUUUCGUCUCUCGGGAGACUCAAUGCAGAUGGAAAUAACUUGGUGGGAAGCCUCCCUGCUUCUCUAGGCCAAUUGAAAAAAUUAACAUUUUUGGCAUUGGACUCAAACAACUUAUCUGGUACCAUUCCUCCCUCCAUGUAUAACCUCUCCGCUCUUCAUACUUUUAGCGUAUUAGUUAACCAAAUUCAAGGGAGUCUUCCUCCAGACUUGGGAAAAACUCUUCCUAAUCUCAAAUUCUUUGCCGUCGCAGGGAACAAAUUUUUUGGGUCCCUUCCUCCCUCACUAUCAAAUGCUACAAGUCUACAGAGACUUCAAGUUCAAUGGAACAAACUAACAGGGAAGGUGCCGGAUUUUCGAAAGCUUCAUAACCUAAGUGCAUUUGCCAUUCAAGGUAAUCGUCUUGGAAGCGGUACAGAUGGUGACUUGAGUUUUCUCUCGGACUUGACCAAUGCAACUGAGUUAGAAGUGUUGAUCAUAGAUGACAACAACUUUGGAGGGACGUUGCCCACAUCAAUAUCCAAUCUCUCCACCAAGCUUGAAUUGUUUUGGUUUGACAGAAACCAAAUACAUGGAAGCAUCCCGACAGACAUAGGGAAUUUGGUCAACUUGGAAUCGUUGACAGUGGGGGAAAAUAGCUUGACGGGUAACAUUCCCACUGAAAUUCAGAAGCUUUCAAGCCUUGUGGAAUUAGAUAUUUCUUUUAAUACAUUAUCAGGAAGCAUUCCGUCCUCUUUAGGAAAUUUAACCAAGUUAUACAAUCUCUUCUUACAAGGAAAUAAUCUUGAAGGCGUCAUCCCUUCAAACUUGGGGAAUUGCCAGCAGUUGAUAUUAUUGGAUUUAUCUAAUAAUAAACUUAGUGGCGCAAUACCUCAACAAGUUAUCGGCCUCCCUUCCUUAUCAAAGCUUUUGAACUUGUCUAGGAACCACUUUACGGGUUCUCUUCCGAUGGAGGUUGGAAAGAUGAAGAGCCUAGGUGUACUGGACAUUUCUAAUAACAUGUUGUCAGGAGAACUUCCAAGUAGCCUUGGUUCAUGUGAGAGUUUAGAAGUCUUACACUUGCAAGGCAACUUCUUCAAGGGGUCUAUUCCCUCAUCUAUGAUUGGGUUGAAAGCCAUAGAAGAAUUAGACCUUUCUCGCAACAAUUUGUCGGCGGUACCAACUGGAGGAGGUGCUUUUAAAAAUGCAAGUGCGAUUUCAAUUACUGGCAACACCAAGCUCUGUGGAGGUAUUGCUGAUCUGCAACUGCCCAAGUGCAAGUCCAGAAAAGGAGGAUUAUCUCGUAGCUUGAAAUUAAUAAUCCCGUUAGUACUUUCCGGAGUUGCUCUUCUUGGAAUAGUUAUGGUGAUGUCCUAUUUCUUCCUCUGUUCAUCAAGAAGGAAAAGGAAAGAGAUUCCGUUGAGCACAUUGGCGAACCAUUUUUUGCAAGUAUCAUAUGCUAAUCUUCUAAGAGCUACUGACGAGUUCUCUUCGGCUAAUUUGAUUGGGGCAGGCAGUUUUGGGUCUGUUUACAAAGGAAUUCUUGAUGAUAAUGAUAAACAUCAACUUGUUGCUGUGAAGGUGUUCAACUUGUUACGCCAUGGAGCAUCGAAGAGUUUCAUGGCCGAAUGUGAGGCUUUAAGAAACAUCAAGCAUCGAAAUCUUGUCGAGAUUAUAACUGCGUGUUCAAGUGUUGACUUUCAUGGUAAUGACUUCAAGGCUCUGGUUUACAAGUACAUGGACAGAGGAAGUUUAGAGGAGUGGCUGCAUCCUCCUACUGAAAUUGAAGAGGUAAGAGAGGCACUCAAUCUAGAGCAAAGGCUAGACAUUGCCAUUGAUGUUGCUUGUGCAUUGGAUUAUCUUCAUAAUCAUUGUGAAACACCGAUAGUUCAUUGUGAUCUCAAGCCAAGCAAUGUUCUUUUGGACAACGAGAUGACUGGACAUGUUUCUGACUUUGGACUCGCAAGAUUUCUCUCCCAAGAAGCUGGUAUUAAUGUUUCCAACAAUCACACAAGUUCCAUUGGAAUAAAAGGAUCGGUUGGUUAUGCGGCUCCAGAGUACGGUAUGGGAAGUGAGGUGUCAACAAAUGGAGAUGUCUACAGCUUUGGUAUUCUUCUGUUAGAGAUGUUCGCAGGAAAGCGACCCACCGACGACAUGUUUAAUGGGGACCUAAACCUUCAUACUUAUGUUAAAAUGGCUUUCCCUAAUCGAGUUAUGGAGAUUGUAGAUUCAACACUUUUUGAAGGAGGCACCAACGAGAGAAGGGUUCAAAAGAUUGAGGUGUGCUUGAAUUCAAUAUUUAGAAUUGGAAUUGAAUGCUCUGCUGAAUCUCCAAUGGACCGUCUGAAGAAUAUCAGUGAUGCUGCAUCUGAGCUGCAUUCCAUUAGAGACGUUCUUCUUGGAUAGGAACUUUUUCUGCUACGGGCUUGUGUGAUGGGGAUAUUAUUUUUUAUGUUGCUGCCUGAGAAAUAUUCUUGUUGCUGCUGCUAGG